CAGACGACAUAGUCCAACUUCAAUUUUCUGACCAAAAGUUGAAGAAGAACCUGCGACGAAGCCUUCAAUUUGAUAUAUAUGAACGGAAAUCUUGGUGACAAAAAAAGAGAGGAAGAAUAACGAGCUCCAAAAAUGGAGGAAGAGAGUAGUGGUUCUGAUACCAGGGUGGAUUUCUACGCGUUGCCAGAGGGUUGCAUCUCCGACAUCAUUUCACUCACGUCUCCUAGAGAUGCAUGCCGAUCGUCCGCUGUCUCGUUGGUCUUCCGAUCAGUUGCAGAGUCAGACGUCGUCUGGGAGAGGUUUCUGCCGUCCGACUACAAGGAGAUACUCUCUAGAUCGGACUCUCCGCUCCUCUUCUCAUCCAAAAAACACCUCUUUUUCCAUCUCUGCCAUCAUCCCAUUCUCAUCGACAACGGCAACAAGAGUUUUGCACUGGACAGAUGCAGUGGAAAGAAAUCUUUCAUGAUAGCAGCAAGAGAGCUUUCAAUUGUAUGGGGAGACGUUCCCCAGUACUGGAGGUGGAGAUCUCUCCCUAAUUCCAGGUUCUCGGAGGUGGCUGAGCUCUUGAAUGUGCGAUGGCUCGAAAUCCAUGGCAGAAUGGAGAGACGAAUGUUGUCUACUGCAACAAAUUAUGUAGCUUAUCUCGUGCUCAAGUUUGUGGAGGGCGGACGCGGGCUUGACACUCAGCCGGCAGAGGCAUCGGUGAGGUUCGUCGGAGGUGGGGGCGCUUGUAAUGGUCCGCGCAACGUGUUUCUGAAACCCAACACAUACGGGCAGCAACGUCCAUCUAUUGAAGAGCGGCUCGGAUAUCUCCGCAACACAACCCAACUUGUGUCCCGGUUGUUGCAGAUAGCAGAGGGACAGUUCCCCCGGGAGCGAGAAGAUGGUUGGAUGGAGAUUCAGAUGGGUGAGUUCUUUAAUGGCCCGGGAGAAGAUGGAGAGGUGGAGAUGAGUCUAAUGGAGGUGAAAGGAGGUCACUGGAAGUCCGGCAUCAUCAUCCAAGGAAUUGAACUCAGGCCCAAGCAGAGUAAAUAAACCAGUGUGGUGUGCCUUUGUCACACAGAUAGCUUUACUGAUUACAUGUGAACCUUCUAAACUUUUUAAACUUUCAAUGAUGCUUCUGUAAUGUAAACUGUCACAGAUUGGGAUUACGUUAAGUGUGAAACAGUGUAAAAAUUUCUAAUAUGUACUUGAUUGUCCAAACAAGACAUAGUAAGAAAUGAUUUAAGCAUUAAUAAUUCAA